AUGGCUACAGAUUUGGAAAGAUUUGCUUCUUUCGAGGAAGCCCACUACGACCAAUAUGACUAUUACAACCUGAACGAGUACUCGGGCCACGCUGCCGGAAAAGGGAGGACCAAGAGGGAGAUGGAGCUGAACACCAACCGCCAUUGCCCCUCUGGACACGAGAGGAAGAUAGCAGAGAAAUUUCACAACAGCCAAGAGAAACGCAGGCGAACCAAGAGCUCCUCGUCGUGA